UUUUCCCUCUCAUCCCCCUCGUCCUCGCGUUCAUCCCUAUUCCCCCUUGGCAGUCAGAUCUGUCAUAUAACGGGCCAAGGUAGCGGCUAGUGUGACCAUCAGUCACAUUGACUUGCGUUUUCUGUUGCCAUCUUGCUACCACCACCAGGGUGGCCGGUCCUGAAGAAUCAAUGGCUCAGUCAGGCUACCCCAACCUAGUAGUGACGGCUGAGGCACAGUACAUUGCCCUGCCCCCUUAUGCCACACCCCCGAAGGAGAUGUCCUUCUUGUCGCAGACUGAUGGGGAUCAGCUCUGUCAGCAGUGGUCUGGGUGGGACUACCAACUCUUUGAGCCAGUCUUCUCACCAGGCAACUCUGCAGUUUCAAUAAGCUCCGUUCAAUGGGAGGCCGAACAACAGAGCCGUCAGUCCUUCGAGGCUACCAGACCAACGCUCCAUUGCACAACUGCCAGCUCUGUGCAGCCGGGAGACUGGUCUUCGUUCCAGCAACAACAGCAAUACCUUCAAUCGACGCAGUCUGCCAUCCUCAGUUCGCCACUUCAAUGGCCGGCCUCUACCGAUCAUCCCCUCACCACGGCCCCGGCCCGGCAGCCUCAUCCUUCCAAGGGUCGCAAACGAUCGAAACCAGGGCCAGAGCCAGAGCCAGAGCAGAGAGCUACUGCAACGAAGAAACAGGCAACGACGCCUGCCAGAAGACCAGUAGAUCCGCGUCUUGUGUCGAUGAGCCGAAACCACUCCAAAAAUGCGUGGGUCGGAGUCGGCGGCGCCAGCGAAUCCCCUCCCGCCAGCUCAAUGUCGUACGAGGACAAAGGAGCAAGGGCAGAGGACUACAGCGAGGAUAAGGACAGCGACGUAUCGUUGGGACCAGCAGAAACAGACAGGAAGAAGCCGUAUCGCGUCAAGAACCGAGCGGCUGCCAAGCGUUGUCGCGAGAAGACGAAGCAGUACGAGGUUGAUUUGGUCAACAAGGAAAAGCAAGUCACACAGGAGCACAUGUACCUCGACGCCUACGUAACGGCGCUCAAAAACGAGGUGCUCUUCCUGAAGAACCAGAUCCUUCAGCAUGGCAGCUGCGAUUGCGAUAUGAUCCAGGGAUACAUUGCCAGGACAGCCAGCACCGUCAGCGUUACCGGGCAUGGCAGCUGCGAUUGCGAUAUGAUCCAGGGAUACAUCGCCAGGACAUCCAGCACCGUCAGCGUUACCGGAUAUGGCGUGCCUACAAUAUCGCAGCCGUCGCCUUGAACCCUAACAUAUAACAGGGCGAAAGAAGGAUCACGGCUCUGAGUUGUAUUACGCUUUUAGGCGUGCGCAGUACACGUACACACGACAACUAUACGGCAAUGAUUUUGAGCGUGCUGAGCCAAGCAUUUGAAGCAUUGAAAAGCGCAAAAGGGAAGGAGGCUACAGUUUCGGUUCGGGGGCACUUUGCCUCUGCCAAAGGCUUGUGCUGAUACACUUGCUAAGUAAGAGAUGGAAGAGUUGUGCUGUCGGAUAC